AUGAAGAUGCCGGCAAAUGAGUCUGGCAGCUCCACAUGCAGUGACGAUGGCAAAGUACCGCCGCCGCCCUGGCGCGUUGUCAUAUCUUUAAAAGAUGCACAUGGUCUUUCAAGGUGUUCCAGACCGACUGUCCGUAGAGAACAACGGGACAGUAAAUUCAUAAUUGGCAUCAUGCUAUCCGCAAUGACUUUGGCGUUAUGGCUUCUGCCUACUACGAGCGUGGCAAAGGCGAAUUUUAGCACACAAUGCGACUCAUUACCGAGCUUGAUCGCAUCUCUCGCUAGCAACAUCGGAGUAAUUACGACAAGUUCCAUACCGACUCACUCGCUCAACGUAUCUGGAACUUUCAACCAAGUCGCAUUCUGUCGUGUCAACGGCAGCGUUCCAUACCCGGAAAACAAUAAUGUCUUUUUCGAAGUCUGGCUUCCAGAAAGCAUCGCGUAUAAUGACAGGUUCCUAGCUGUCGGGAAUGGCGGCUUGGCUGGCCGAAUCGACUAUGCCUCAAUGCUAGAAAAUGUCAACAAGGGCUUCGCAACUUCGGGAGGGGACAGCGGUCAUCUUGCUUCAGAUAAUAACGACGGCGAUGCAUACCCAGGUGGCAUCUACUUGCCGUUCCUUCACGACCAGAAUCAAGUCCUUGCAUGGAUCCGCAAUUCUAUCGCGCUCUUCACGCCUGUAGCGAAAGAAAUCGCAACGUUUUACUAUGAAAAGUCUCCGCAACAUACCUAUUACAAGGGAUGUUCGACCGGUGGAGCCCAAGGCUUUGCACUUGCUCAGUAUCACCCUCAGCUAUUCGACGGCAUUGUUGCCGGCUGUCCGGGUAAUUGGUACUCGCAUCUGGCGCUGUCCUUUCUGUGGAACCAGCAGGUGACUCUGGGUGCUUCGUUCUUGCCACAAAAAUCACUCGACUUGAUCGCAAAUGCCGUGUUAGACAAGUGCGACACGCUAGACGGUGUUGAGGACCGAGUCCUCGAGAAUCCACUUGCAUGCACAUUUGACUUGGACAAGCUCGCUUGCACGACGCCCGCUACUAACUCGUCACAUUGUUUGACAUCUGAACAACUCACAGCUGCCAAGAAUAUAUACGCGGGACCCCGUCAUUCCCUGAGCAAUACCAGCAUCUACCCUGGGUUUGGUCUGGGCAGUGAGUCGGAAUGGAUGAUGCAGGAGGGUCGUUUGUCCCUUUCGUUCUCUCUUCCUCUCCUGCAAAACAUGGUAUUCGACGACUUGAAUUACAAUGGCAGCACAUUCGACUGGGCUAGCGAUGUGGAUGCGCUGGAUCUCAAGGUUGGAAGCUUAAUUGACUCCGUCAGUCCCAACCUGACUUCCUUCAAGGACAGGGGAGGAAAGCUUCUUGUAACGCAAGGAUGGGCCGACCCUUUCAAUGCGGCAACCUGGCCCAUUGAUCAUUUGAAUGAGAUCAGUCAGGUGACAGGUGGCGAUCGAGAUGAGUGGUUAUCUUUAUUUAUGGUUCCAGGUGGUGGCCAUUGCGGAGGUGCCUCGAGUUAUACUCACGUUCCCGGGAAACAAAACUCCCUCGAAGCCUUAGUCGAGUGGGUGGAGCAGAAGAAGGAUCCUGAAGCCCUUUUGGGAACAUCGCCCGCAGAUGGAAGCGAUAGAACCAAAAGGCUAUGCCGAUGGCCUCGUACGGCCAAGCUUGUAGGGUCAGAUGUUGACAGUUGGGAGUCAUUUGUUUGCGAAUAA